CCUUGAAAUAAAAAUUGCAGUUAGCAAGCAUGCUUUUCUUUCGGAUACAAGCCAAUGACAACUCCGGAACGUCGUUUAGCGCAAAAAGAAAACAACUUACAAGCCUUUUUUUCGUGACUCUUAUCAGGCCGAAUCUUCCGAUAAGGGGUUCCGAACCGUGCGUUCGCGGGGGUGACCACGCGUUCCGGUUCAGUUGUGCGUUGUCGAGUUCCCGGAAUGGCCGCAAGUAAGGCAUUGCUGCCGUUGCUGACGUUGGUGGUCGUGGCAAUUGGCCAGGACCAGCACAUCCCGAGCGAGUUCUACUCGUCGGUGGUGAACAUGGAGCUGCUGCUGAAGAGCGAGCUGGCCAUUCUGGACCGGUUGGAUCGGUUUAUACUGCUGUCGGAGGAAAAGGUCGCGUUCUUGAAGCGGGAGCGCGAUAGACUGCGCGCGGAUAUCGAGGGAGCGGAGGAGAGUCCGCUGGUGUACGUUUCGAACCCGGUCAGUGCGUUCCUGAUGACGAAGCGGUUGGUGAAGGACUAUCAGGAUAUUGACGAGCUGAUACGGAAGGGAGUUGGCAUUGAUUUGAUUGAUGGUACGACGGUGCUGCCGACCGAGGAGGACCUGCAGGGGAUAGCGGAGGGGUUGUCGAGGCUGCAAGAUCUGUACAUGAUGGAAGCUACCGACCUGGCCAAGGGGAACGUGUACGGGCACAAGCUGGUUCGAGAGCUGACUCCCGACGAAUGCUACCGGGUUGGGUUAGCUUUGGCACAGGGCAAGUACUUCACGAACGCCAACCAGUGGUUCCGAGAAGCGUUGCGACGGUGGAAGGCGGAGGACUCUCCCGGGAUCAGCAAAUUUGAGAUUCUGGACUACUUCACGUACAGCUUGACCGAAGACGGUGAACACGAGGAAGCUAUGAAGUUGACAGAGGAACUGUUGAAACUGGAUCCAAAGAACGCUGCAGUCCUCUCGAAGAAGAAGGUCAUCCAAGAUUGGUUGGACCACGUCGAGCUGAACGGUCGAACGGUGAAGCCACCUCGAGCAGUUCCUCACCCGCUGUACGAACCGCUCUGUCGCGGAGAUCACCAACGACCCCCUUCGGAAACCUCCAACCUCUACUGCCGCUACCACAUGAGCACAUCGCCCUUCCUCCGGCUGGCACCCCUCAAACAAGAGGUAGUAAACCUGGACCCGUUCGUCGCCGUCUACCACGACGCUGCGUCGGCCGCGGAGAUCAACAAGGUCAUCGAGCUGGGCCGUCCGCAGAUCAACCGGUCGAUGGUGGGGGACGCCGCCAAGAAGGAGGUGUCCAAGUCGCGCACCAGCCAGAACUCGUGGCUCACGGACUUCGACCAUCCGGUCGUGGCGGCACUCAGCCGGCGCACCAAGGACAUGGCCCUGGGGCUGGACGAGACCGCGUACGAGUCGCUGCAGGUCAACAACUACGGCAUCGGCGGACACUACCUGCCGCACUACGACUGGAGCAGGGAGGAGAAUCCGUACCCGGAGCUGAAAACUGGGAACCGCAUUGCGACGCUUAUGUUCUACCUAAGUGACGUGGAGGAGGGUGGCGCCACGGUCUUCCCCCACCUGGGCGUCGGCGUGUUCCCGAAGAAGGGAACCGCCAUCUUCUGGUACAACCUGCGGGCCAGCGGCAAGGGGGACGAAAAGACGCUGCACGGAGCGUGCCCGGUACUGAUCGGGUCCAAGUGGGUGGCCAACAAGUGGAUCCACGAGCGGCACCAGGAGUUUGUGCGACCUUGCGACCCGGACCCGGAGAAAUGACCAAGCGGGAGUUGCUGGUGUUGUGCGAAUAAAUCGGAAAGAGUGAUAACGUGUUGUGCUGUCGUUGGGGACGCUUAUCGAAGAAUCUUGUGUAGUUUUGUAACA